UUCUAGAACGUUGCUGUGGUAGCGCUCGGGCGCCAUGUUAGGACGAAGGGGAAGGAGGAGAAGCGCUUAAAGCGGCGGGAGCGGGUGCGGGAGUGGGGUAGGACCCAGGGCUAAGGCAGGCCCCCGCCCCCCUCCCUCCCGCCUCAGUGGAUCAUGCCCAGGGCGGCAGCGGCGGCGGUUGCGGGGGGGAAGUGACUGGGCGGUGCCGGCGCAGGAGACGAUGCCGUUUUCUGUUUGCAGUCCAGUUACAACACAGGGAUCACAGCAAACCCAGCCGCCACAGAAGCACUAUGGCAUUACUUCUCCCAUCAGCUUAGCAGCCCCCAAGGAGACUGACUGCCUACUCACACAGAAGCUGGUUGAGACUCUGAAGCCCUUUGGGGUUUUUGAAGAGGAAGAGGAACUGCAGCGCAGGAUUUUAAUUUUGGGAAAAUUAAAUAACCUGGUAAAAGAGUGGAUACGAGAAAUCAGUGAAAGCAAGAAUCUUCCACAAUCUGUAAUUGAAAAUGUUGGUGGGAAAAUUUUUACAUUUGGAUCUUAUAGAUUAGGAGUACAUACAAAAGGUGCUGAUAUUGAUGCAUUGUGUGUUGCACCAAGACAUGUUGAUCGAAGUGAUUUUUUCACCUCGUUCUAUGAUAAGUUGAAAUUACAGGAAGAAGUAAAAGAUUUAAGAGCUGUUGAAGAGGCAUUUGUACCAGUUAUCAAACUGUGUUUUGAUGGGAUAGAGAUUGAUAUUUUGUUUGCAAGAUUAGCACUGCAGACUAUUCCAGAAGACUUGGACUUAAGAGAUGACAGUCUGCUUAAAAAUUUAGAUAUAAGAUGUAUAAGAAGUCUUAACGGUUGCAGGGUAACCGAUGAAAUUUUACAUCUAGUACCAAACAUUGACAACUUCAGGUUAACCCUGAGAGCUAUCAAACUGUGGGCCAAACGCCACAACAUCUAUUCCAAUAUAUUAGGUUUCCUCGGUGGUGUUUCCUGGGCUAUGCUAGUAGCAAGAACUUGCCAGCUUUAUCCAAAUGCAAUAGCAUCAACUCUUGUACAUAAAUUUUUCUUGGUAUUUUCUAAAUGGGAAUGGCCAAAUCCAGUCCUAUUGAAACAGCCUGAAGAAUGCAAUCUUAAUUUGCCUGUAUGGGACCCAAGGGUAAACCCCAGUGAUAGGUACCAUCUUAUGCCUAUAAUUACACCAGCAUACCCACAACAGAACUCCACGUACAAUGUGUCCGUUUCAACACGGAUGGUCAUGGUUGAGGAGUUUAAACAAGGUCUUGCUAUCACAGAUGAAAUUUUGCUGAGUAAGGCAGAGUGGUCCAAACUUUUUGAAGCUCCAAACUUCUUUCAAAAGUACAAGCAUUAUAUUGUACUUCUAGCAAGUGCACCAACUGAAAAACAACGCCUAGAAUGGGUGGGCUUGGUGGAAUCAAAAAUCCGAAUCCUGGUUGGAAGUUUGGAGAAGAAUGAGUUUAUUACACUGGCUCAUGUGAAUCCCCAGUCAUUUCCAGCACCCAAAGAAAAUCCCGACAAGGAAGAAUUUCGCACGAUGUGGGUGAUUGGGUUAGUGUUUAAAAAAACAGAAAACUCUGAAAAUCUCAGUGUUGAUCUCACCUAUGAUAUUCAGUCUUUCACAGAUACAGUUUAUAGGCAAGCAAUAAACAGCAAGAUGUUUGAGGUGGACAUGAAAAUUGCUGCAAUGCAUGUAAAAAGGAAGCAACUCCAUCAGCUACUACCUAGUCAUGUGCUUCAGAAAAAGAAAAAGCAUUCAACAGAAGGCGUCAAGUUGACACCUCUGAAUGACAGCAGCCUCGACUUGUCUAUGGACAGUGAUAACAGCAUGUCUGUGCCUUCACCUACUAGUGCUAUGAAGACCAGUCCAUUGAACAGUUCUGGCAGCUCUCAGGGCAGAAACAGUCCUGCUCCAGCUGUAACAGCAGCAUCUGUGACCAACAUACAGGCUACUGAAGUUUCUGUGCCACAAGUAAAUUCCAGUGAAAGCUCAGGGGGUACAUCGAGUGAAAGCAUUCCUCAAACUGCCACACAACCAGCCAUUUCAUCACCACCAAAGCCUACGGUCUCCAGAGUUGUUUCCUCAACACGUCUGGUAAACCCACCACCGAGACCUUCAGGAAAUGCAGCAGCAAAGAUACCUAAUCCUAUAGUAGGAGUCAAGAGGACAUCCUCACCUCAUAAAGAAGAGAGCCCCAAGAAAACCAAAACAGAAGAGGAUGAAACAAGUGAAGAUGCUAACUGUCUUGCUUUGAGUGGACAUGAUAAAACAGAAACAAAGGAACAACUUGAUACAGAGACAAGUACAACUCAAUCAGAAACCAUUCAGACAGCGACUUCUCUGUUGGCCUCUCAGAAAACAUCCAGUACAGACCUUUCUGAUAUCCCUGCUCUCCCUGCAAACCCUAUUCCUGUUAUCAAGAAUUCAAUAAAACUGAGAUUGAAUCGGUAAAAACAACCUCAGGGGUCCAGAAACAAUGUCUGCCAACUCAACCUGUUGUCUUCAAAUGCUAAAAAAGGAAUGGAGGGUGCAAGACUAGACAUGACUGAAAGUGGAUUGAGGGUUUUUUGUGACCUCCCUUACUGGGCUAAUCAGCACUUGAUCGGAAGUCCAGGUUAGUAUGUGAAGCCAGGAGUACUAUUAUUAUUGUGUUAGCAACAGUUGCAUUAACUAUUUCAAAAAAUUACUGCCUUUAAAAAAAAAAAAAAAAAACCUCAAGCUAUAUUUGUAUUCAUAAUUGACAUCUGGACUGGGUUUAUGUUUGCUGCAUUGUUUGGAAAAUUUGCAAUACAAACUGGCAUAAGAAUUCUUUAUUCUGAUGAUGCACUUUUAUGUAUUUUUUUUAUUAUUAUUAGAAAGUAGAAAUAAUUUUAGAUUUUCAGCUUGAUGGAUUUUCAUUUUUUCCUGAAGAAUUUCCUUUACCAUUAGUCUUCAAAUCGGAUGCCGUUGCGCAGUGGUGUACUGUUAUGCUUCAGAGAAAGGAUAAGAGUACAUCUAGGUCAGUCCCUCUGAGGUAGCUGUAACCUUUAAAAUGAAAUGUCAACACUAGGGUAUAUAUUUGACAUUGAAAGCAUAAUUAGGAAAUACUUCGUUUUGAUGGGGUCAUGAUUAAGAAAUGAUACUGGUUUUUAUUUAUAGAAAUGUUUAGAGUGCAUACAAAUCAGCGAUCAGCCAGCAAAUAUUUUUCUUUGAGCUUGUUAAAGCUCCAUAUUCUUUUGCCUUCAAUCUGUUGUCUUUGAAACCAAGCUUUUUGCUCCCUCCCUCUUCUUCCCUCCCCCUACCCCUUUUGCUUGUAUGUGUAAGGUAGGACUUCUUUCAUAAAAAAAAACAAAAUGCCAGUAUUUUCUUAAGCCAUGAUGUGAAACCAGUGACUCUGUGGCUGUAUGGCACAGAACACUAAAUUUUGGUCCCAUGGCUGAAACUUUAGGGUGACUAAAAAUAAUGCCUGUGAAACAUGAUAUCUAUCUUGGAUGGCCGUUUGAUCUCUAAAUAUGAGGAAUUUUGUACACUCCACAGAACUCCUGUCUAUAGUAAAGUUGAUUUUCAAUAUUAAAUGUGGGCAAAAAGGCAUUUUCUCCAAGAAUUUUAAACUAAUUUUUAUUUUUAAAUGGUUGACCAAAACUUGUCAGUAAAUUUUACAUGUGGAAACAUUUAAAAAUCAUUUCUAGCAAGCACUUGACAUCUAGUCAGUUCUUUACUCCUUUUUCUGUUUUGUUUUAUCCUCUCAGUAAAUAAUUCCUCAUAAUUAAGCAGCAGAGCAUUCAUCUUUACAAAUAUAUGAGGGAAGCCAGAUGUUGAUAAACUUAUUCUUUCUUAAUCUGGACAAAGCAAACCUAACAUUUUUCUGGUGAGCAUGUUUUAUGAAUCCUCCAUUGUGCUCCAUUCUAUCACAUGUGCAUUUUUCAUGUUAAACUGCAAUUACUUAACCUCUUCCCCGUUCCCUCUAAAUUAAUUUUCCAAAGUUGGAGUGUAGUCUUUCCCCCCUUAGGCUAUGCAUUAAUUGCAGCUUUCUUUUCGCCAUACUUUGUAGUGUCUAGCACACAGUGUUCUCCUUCCCACACCUUGGCUCUGCACAGCCGCCUUGCCACCCCAGCGCCCGCGCGGACAAGACGGUCAGGCCAGCAGGUGAAGGCUGCAGGGCGGCUGUGUGCUUCGUGUAGCUGAGAGUUAGAUCGAAACCGCCAGGCACAGACUUAGUCUUGUCAUUUUGUUUACACAUUGGGGAAAAAGAAUUCAGUUUAUUAAACGUUUCAUGUACCUGCACCCAAGUUUUGCCAAGCUGGGAACUUGGACCUUUUCUGUGUAGUGACUUUUUAAUUCUAGUUUUCAUAACCUGGAGAUCAGACUGUUGCUUUCGCAUGAUGUACGUAGUGUCUCAUGACUGGAGUUUGCUUUGUUUUAUAGUAUCUGUACUCCUUGUAUUUUUCAAGAGCUAUUUUGUAAACAGAUGAUGUAUUUCUCCAUUGAAAACACAAUAAAAAAAAAAAAACAGCACAAUCCCACAGUUGGCUGAUUUCUUUUGACUGACUUUUUUUAUUUUUUCAGUGAUACCAUUAUUGCUACUCGUAAGUUAUAGUAUAGCUCUAAGUGAAGAUUUGCUGAAGAAUUUACUUUGGUUACUUUUAGGAAAGCUCUAUAUCUGAUUAAUUUAUGCCAUUAGUAGCAGCCUAAUAAUAAUUGAUAUCUCACAUAAUCAGGUAUUUUUCCUAUAAUUGGUCAUAUAGGGAGGAAAACAUGAAUAUAAUACUUGAUAAUUAAUUUUCAGCUGACCCAUCCUCCAAAAUACUUGCUCCGUUUGUAUAGACACUGUCUCUUUUCUUUGUAUUUAUUCCAUGUAGACAGCAGUGUACCUACCGCUGCUGUGCUUCCUUUCAAAGCUGGUUUUCAAAGCAGUUGGUGCUUUAUCUCUAAUGUCAGCAGGUGGCACUGUUGUUUUUCAGUGACUUUAGGAUCCUGCGUUUCUCAUUUUAUUAAAUGCAGAUCAGAUUCUACUUUUCUUAAACCUUUAAAUGGUCAACAAGGCAUACAUAACUUAUCGGUUAGGAAUGAACUUUCUGUGCAUGUGAUGGUCAGCUUUUGGGUAUGGUUAUCUUAGAUGCUUUGAGUGGAGGGAUUGACGUCCUUAUGUUAAAUUAUUUCAAGGGAUGUGCAGUUGUGCAUAUUUUCAUUCAUGAAACUCCAGAUUCUAAUAGCUUUACUGUAUGUAAAAAUAAUAUCUGAUUGCAGUGUGGAAUAACCUUUUAUUAAGGAACAUUUAACUUUUGGGACUGUUCAACAAGAGACUAUUCAACAAGGGACUAUUUAACAAGAGAAACUUGUUAAAAACUACCCUUGACUCCGUUGCUAACACCUACAGAAUAGAGCUUACCAUCCCUACUUUGAUGAGACACCCAACAUGGGACUGGAUGUCACGACUUUGUGAGUUUUGUCACCUUUUGACAUUUCAUGCAUCUUGCUGAAUUAGUAAAAUGAUAAUUGAAAAUGUGUUUUGUGGUUCUGGGUAUAUUCUGGAAUAAAGUUUGUAUUUUUCUAAUUAAUACCUCUGUUUUUUUUUUCUCCACACAGAAAAAUGUUUUAGAGCUCUGCAUAGUAUUAAUUCUGGCUGCACUCAAGGUGGCAAUAAAUGAUCAGCAGCUCCAAGUAGUAAUUGAUAUAUGAAAGGAUAAAUCAUUAAUAUACACAAAUUUGUAGACCAAGCCCUGGAAAUAUUAACCAUUAGUGCACUUCAGUGCACUUAGCAAAAAGAUAAACUGUUUAUCUAAAAAGGCAUUGAACAGUCCUUUGGAUAUACUUUGGCCUAUUUUAAAAUAAAAGAAUAGUACAAGGAAAA